AUGGUGAGGGAGACUGUCGACGCCAUGCGUGAGCACUGCCCCAAUCCCAACAGGGCUGUAUGCAGUGAAAUUGCUAAAUCCACUGUAACGCAGUACCCAAAGAUUUUUGGAGACCUGACCGAGGAAGUAGAACCACUUGACAGUGUGUACCACUCCCUGUUCACUAAGAUUAAGACCGGAGUGCAGCAUAAAAAUCGUAACCACACUUUAGAUAGAAUCCGUAGACCCAAGAGGAGCUAUGAAGAGGAAAGGGACAUCAGCGGACAGGCAAAAACAGCAAGAACCAAGGUCGGCAGUUAUAGCUGCAUCAACUGGCAAACACAGGACCUUCCAGAGAAAGAAACCCCAGACUCCCUGGAAAACAAGAGACAGGCGAUGGCGACCAUUUUCAGCUGUGUGGGCCCCAGAGGUGCAGACAAGAGGGAAGUGGGUUACCUGAUGAAGCUGACAUACACUUAUCAACGCCACAUGAUCAACACUUGUCCUCCUUCAAGCAUCAGUGACCUCCAGGAACAGUGGCCUUUCCCUUUCACCAAGUUAUGGCAACGGCAUCGAGAUUGACAGUCGCCUGACUCAAGCUCUCCUGAACAAGGGUAAGAGAAUUGCCAACUUUUUUAGAAGCCAAAAGACCAAGGGGAGGAGAGCGAUCCAGUGCCUGCUGAAUGAAAUUGACGGUUACAUCAGAGGAAAUAACGAUCUAACAGCCACUGCUGCCAUUCUUUUGUUGAUGACCCACUUCAUAGAGAAGGAUGAAUCUCUGUUCCUCUUGGCAGAUGUAAGGAAGUGUUUUUAUACUUAUAAAGUUUAUAUACGAUUAAUGGUGUUUAUACUGUACUAUUACACAUGAUUUGAAUAAUUUUUUUAAAUGUAUGUUUUGUGAUUUUAGGUCACUGCAACUCGGGUUGAUGUCGAGGUGCAAAUUCCCUUGCCAAACACACCAAGGCUGAUCGUGCUU